GAUUCUCCACAGCCCGCGUCUCCAUUUGGAUCACACGAGUUGUUAUUCAGCAAGAAUGGCACACCACAGCGGUUAAGGAGGCAGAGUAUAUUUAUAGAUUUUCAAACAGACCCCAGUCUUUAUUCUGGCAGAUUUUUUUAUUUUUAUUUUUUUAAGUGAUGAGCUUCGGUAUUUAAGUUGAACGCAGGUUGUGUUGCUCACAGUGCUCUCAGAGCCAUCAGACUCCGUGUUGCUCUGUGCGCGCACGCUUUUGCAUCCUCGGAUUUCCAUUACGCACAGGACAGCGCUCACAUGCCUCCUGGAAGAGCUACCCUGUCAGAAUGGAGCGGCGCGCAGCAGGAGCCUGUGUGACUGACCGCACUCAGAGCCGCCGUGAAACUCGAGCUUUCCCAACCUUUCUCACUUCAUACUUCCCCUAGGAUGGGCAAAGCGUGUGACUAUUCUAAAGAUCAUGUCAGGACUCGCGUCCUCUGAGCCUCCUAGUACUCCACAGUCAGAGGAGUGUGGUUUCAUGCGCAAAUAAGUUCAAGACACCCUCCCGUGAAGUCAUUUUGCCUUUUUGGUUUGUGCUUCUUCUUCUUCUUCUUAAUUUCAAAUUUUCAUCUGAACACUUGUAAGCCCACCAUGGCAGCUGCAUCCUGAGGAGGUGGUGGAGGAGAUGGAUGUAGAGGAGAAGAAUGUGAACGGUUCGAGCUGUUUGCGGAAUGAGAGCGACUGCGGGCUGAGCGCUACCUCGGCCGGAGUGUCCACUGCGCUGGCCAGCGUGCUGAUCUUCACCAUCGUGGUAGACAUCCUGGGAAACGUCCUCGUCAUCCUGUCCGUGUACAGGAACAAAAAGCUACGGAACCCAGGCAACAUCUUUGUGGUGAGUUUGUCUGUGGCAGACCUGGUGGUGGCGCUGUACCCCUAUCCACUGGUCCUGACAGCCAUCUUUCACAAUGACUGGACUAUGGGUGACCUGCACUGCCAGGUCAGCGGCUUCAUCAUGGGCCUCAGUGUUAUCGGCUCCAUUUUCAACAUCACGGCUAUCGCCAUCAAUCGCUACUGCUACAUCUGCCACAGUCUCCACUACGAUCGUCUGUAUAGCCUGAGGAACACGCUCUGCUACCUGGGUCUUACUUGGCUACUCACCGCCAUUGCCACUAUUCCCAACUUCUUCGUCGGCUCACUGCAGUACGACCCUCGCAUCUACUCCUGCACCUUUGCUCAGACCGUUAGCUCAUACUAUACUAUCUCCGUGGUGAUUAUUCAUUUUCUGAUCCCUCUGCUGGUGGUGUCCUACUGCUACAUGAGGAUAUGGGUGCUCGUCAUUCAGGUGAAACACCGAGUUAAACCAGAGCAAAGGACCAAACUGAAACCUAGUGAUGUGAGGAACUUCCUGACUAUGUUUAUGGUGUUUGUCUUGUUUGCCGUGUGCUGGGCCCCACUGAACCUCAUAGGCCUGGCUGUAGCCAUAAAUCCUCCGAAGGUUGCACCCAACAUACCCGAGUGGCUUUUUGUCACAAGCUACUUUAUGGCGUACUUCAACAGCUGCCUCAAUGCCAUCAUAUAUGGACUGCUCAACCAAAAUUUCCGCAAAGAGUACAAGACCAUUCUCCUCGCUCUUUGCGUUCCUCGUUUGCUCCUCACGGAAACUUCAAGAUGUGCCACAGAGGGACUGAAGAGCAAGCCUUCACCAGCUAUAACAAACAAUAAUGUGGCGGAGAUAGAUGUAUGAACUUUUACCGGGAACGUGGAUGUGUCCUGUGAUUCACAGAGUGCCUUUUCAGGAUCUGUUUCUUUUUCAUGUUGUAAAGAUGCAUUUGUGUUUGGUGAGGACACUGCUGCCAUCAUAUUCCUUCCAGCUUGCUGGACACUUUGCACUCCUGUUGAGAACAAACAUCGAUUGUAUAAUUAUAAGUAUUCUGUGUUCAAUAGUGAGUUUCAAGACAGAUUAACAAACUGGGAGGAAAAAGUGCAGAAAGAACAAAUUACUGGGAACAUUCAGAUUGUAUAUAGUGGCCAGCUGUGAAAAUUAUUUUCUUAAAUUCUCAAAAUCUUUCACGAACACUUAAGGUCCGAUACUCUUUGGGUGAGGGACCUACUUUUAAAGCCAAGUCCCAGCUUGUGUAUAUCACGUGUACGAGAAUGACUCACUGCCUAUUUGCACAGAAUAAUUACGAGUAUGUCAGCACCAUGGUGAUAAUGAAAUAAAUGUAUUUUCUAU